AUGCGGGAAAAAUCAUCAAAUGAGUUACAAACUGCCCCAAUGUGGGAAGAUUCGUCAAAUGAGUUACAAACUCUGCCAAUUCUGGAAAAAUCAUCAAAUGAGUUACAAACUGCCCCAAUGCGGGAAAAAUCAUCAAAUGAGUUACAAACUGCCCCAAUGUGGGAAGAAUCCUCAAAAGAGUUACAAACUGUGUCAAUGCUGGAAGAAUCCUCAAAUGAGUUACAAACUGCCCCAUUGCGGGAAGAAUCCUCAAAUGAGUUACAAACUGCCCCAAUGCGGGAAGAAUCCUCAAAUGAGUUACAAACUGCCCCAAUGCGGGAAGAUUCGUCAAAUGAGUUACAAACUGCCCCAAUACGGGAAGAAUCCUCAAAUGAGUUACAAACUGUGCCAAUGCUGGAAAAAUCAUCAAAUGAGUUACAAACUGCCCCAAUACGGGAAAAAUCAUCAAAUGAGUUACAAACUGCCCCAAUACGGGAAAAAUCAUCAAUUGGGUUACAAACUGCCCCAAUGCGGGAAGAAUCCUCAAAUGAGUUACAAAUUGCGCCAAUGCUGGAAAAAUCCUCAAAUGAGUUACAAGCUGCCCCAAUGCGGGAAAAAUCCUCAAAUGAGUUACAAACUGUGCCAAUGCUGGAAAAAUCCUCAAAUGAGUUACAAACUGUGCCAAUGCUGGAAAAAUCCUCAAAUGAGUUACAAACUGCCCCAAUGCUGGAAAAAUCCUCAUAUGAGUUACAAACUGCCCCAAUGCUGGAAAAAUCCUCAAAUGGGUUACAAACUGCACCAAUGCAGGAAAAAUCCUCAAAUGAGUAG